CAUUGAUUUCUCUCAUUUCUUUUCUCUUUGCUCCCCAAAUCUCCCAUCCAUUUCUUUUUCCACCACACCCUGUCAAACUCUCUGCAAAUUUUCUCUCUUCACCGCUAUAACCACCGCAAUGGCGGCGGCUAGCGUGGAGGAGCUAACCUCCGGAGCUAGCGGAAGAAUUAUUCCUCUCUUCCACAGAGCUAAAUCCAUGGCUCUUCUCCUCAUUCCUUCUUACAAUUUCCUCAAAACAUCAAUUAUUCUCUUUUACUCUUCCUUCCUUUGCUUUCUUCUCCUCCUUCUCCCUCCUUCUCAACGGAUUUCUCCUUCGACGGAGGAAGCGGCAUCGGAUUCUCCGCGGCCGCCUUCGCGGUUGAAGUUCCAGCGCCGGAGAUUGUUGGAAGAGCAGAAAGAUACAAUUCGUCGUCGUGCGCUCGCUGAAGCCCUAGAAAUGGUGCCGGUUUCGAUUGAAGGAGAGGAGGAGAGGGAUAUUUCGGAGAAUUGUCGAUGGAGUACUUCGCUUUUCUUUGGUAUUCGUCGAAAUGCCCUCUUUUCCCGGUCUUGGUUCCCCGUUUCCGGUAAUUCGAAGGGCAUCAUCAUUAUUAUUCACGGACUUAAUGAGCAUGGUGGAAGAUAUGCUCAUUUUGCAAUGCAAUUAACCUCUCGCAACUUUGGGGUGUAUGCUAUGGAUUGGAUAGGCCAUGGUGGUAGUGAUGGGCUGCAUGGGUUUGUUCCCUCCCUUGAUCAAGUCGUUGCCGAUACGGCGGCUUUCUUGGAGAACGUCAAACUUGAGCAUCCCAAGGUACCUUGCUUCCUGUUUGGUCACUCUACAGGGGGCGCCGUGGUUUUAAAGGCAGCUUCAUAUCCUCACAUUGAAAGAAUGGUUGAAGGAAUUAUUUUGACCUCACCUGCCUUGCGAGUUAAGCCAUCACAUCCUGUGGUCAAGGUUAUAGCCCCUGUGUUUUCCUUAGUUGCUCCUCGAUUCCAGUUUAAAGGAGCGAACAAGAGAGGCAUUCCAGUUUCCAGGGAUCCAGCUCAACUUCUUGCCAAAUAUUCUGAUCCACUGGUUUACACUGGUCCCAUAAGGGUUCGGACUGGGCAUGAGAUAUUGCGCAUCACUGCUUAUUUGACACGCAACUUGAAAUCCGUCACUGUUCCAUUCUUUGUUCUUCAUGGAACUGCAGAUAGGGUUACUGAUCCACUUGCUUCUCAAGAUCUCUACGAUCAAGCAGCCUCCAACUUCAAGGAUAUUAAGCUUUAUGAUGGCUUCUUGCACGACCUCCUCUUUGAACCUGAACGAGAAGAUAUUGCUUGGGAUAUCAUCAACUGGAUGGAGAAGAGGCUAGCCGCGUCGCUGUAUUUUGGGAAAUCAGUUGGCUGAUUUUAGCACCACUCAGUACUCGGUUUGUGAUUGCGGAUCCGGUGGUGAUUAGGUGUUACCUCAACAUUCAAAAAAAAGGUUGGUGAUUAAAAUGAAAAUCAUGUUGAAGUGUUUAUAGUACUUCGUCUGUGAAGCACUGGUUGUCACAUUGCUAGUUCGAACUCGUAAUGUGACAACUAUGUUGGAGCGGAGAUAGUAUUUGUUUUGGAAUAUAAAAGCGGGAUCUGGAAAUUGUAUAGCAUAUGGCCAGAUCCUUGUGGUAGGUUAGUGUGCCUGAUUACAGAGUAUAUCUGUUUUCUGGCGAAGUUUCCUUGAAAACAUUUGGUAGUGAUCUGUAUAUGAUAUGAAACUGUCAUUGUAGUUUUUAUUUUUUGGGGUUUCCUGAAUUUUGCUGAAAGUGGCAUGCUUGUAAAGGUUCAAAUGUAAACAGUCUUACUCAGCAAUAUGUAGAGAGGCUGGUUUAUUUAUAGUAUUUGUCAACUUCUCGAACAAUGGAGUGUUUAUAUAUACGUAGUGUAAUUUUAUUGAUUUAGUAGUA